GAAAAAGUACUGCAAAAACAUAUUUUUCUGCCUUGAAACUUGUCUGCUUCCGCUCCCCCCAAAAAUGAGGGAGGGAAGACUUUUGACCAGGUGGGUUGGUUGUUUUACCCAACCGGCGAUUUCGGACAAGUCUUUCUGCUUAGAGCAGAAGCGGAACUGGGAGGAAAGCCCAACUGCCACUUUGGAAAAAUUCCUCCUUAUUUAUGCAAUUUCGGAAAGAGUUGAAUUAGUUCGCCCUUUCAAAUUGAAAUUCAAUAUUUUCAAUAUUUUAAGGCUAAAGUUCUCUGUUUCGUGGUCAAAGUUCGGAGCAGCGGAAAUCUUGCCUCCUGUUCAUAGGGAGGAUCUUUGUGUGCGGGUAUCAACCGAGAAAAAAAAGAUCGAGCUUGACCCCUCUUUGAAUGCAAGAAUCCUAGGAGCUGGAAACCGCAUUUCAGUGAGCUCUUCAGCCAAUGUUCUACAAGCUGCUAAAGCUGCCGCACUUUUUCCUUCUUCUUGAUAGCAUUGGUCUCGGAAGGCCCUCGCUCUAAAGGGGCAGCUUGAUGGCUGCUAUCCUGCUCUGUCUGAGAGAAUUGGAAUGGAAUUGGUGUGGUUCGCUAGCUCUUUCUUUUGAAAAGAAUUCAUUCCGAAUAAAGGAAGGCGGUCGUG